UCGCGAGAAGUUACACACGCGCGCUGUGUUCUGGUGUUCUCGCGGUAGCAGGCCAUUCCAGUCUCGCGUGGAGAGCAGACCAGCACGUGAACGCCUCUGCCGUCCCGUCAGCUAGCAGAUCAUGGGCCGCUCCUCCAAAGACAAGCGGGACAUUUACUACCGACUGGCCAAGGAGGAGGGCUGGAGAGCCCGCAGCGCCUUCAAACUGCUGCAGCUCGACCAGGAGUUCAGCCUGUUCCAUGGUGUGAGCCGGGCCGUGGACCUGUGUGCCGCCCCGGGCAGCUGGAGCCAGGUGCUGAGCCGCAAACUCAGAGUGAAGAAGGAGCAGCAGGAGGUGAAGGAGGAGCAGCAGGAGGUGAAGGAGGAGGUGAAGGAGGAGGUGAAGGAGGAGGAUGAGGAUGGGCGGAGUGAGGAGGUGAAGAUCGUAGCGGUGGACCUGCAGGCCAUGGCUCCUCUGCCGGGAGUCACUCAGAUUCAGGGAGACAUCACCAAGGUGUCCACGGCCCAGGAGAUCAUCCGGCAUUUCGAGGGCCGGCCGGCCGACCUGGUGGUGUGUGACGGAGCGCCGGACGUAACGGGGCUUCACGAUGUGGACGAGUACAUCCAGGCUCAGCUCCUGUUGGCGGCUCUGAACAUCACGACGCACGUCCUGAAGCCUGGAGGAGCCUUCGUGGCCAAGAUCUUCCGGGGGAAGGACGUGACGCUGCUGUACUCACAGCUGAAGAUCUUCUUCAGCAGUGUGACCUGUGCAAAGCCUCGCAGCAGCAGGAACUCCAGCAUCGAGGCCUUCGUGGUGUGUCAGAGUUACUCUCCACCUGAAGGUUACGUUCCCAACAUGUCCAACCCUCUGCUGGAUCACUGCUAUGAUGUUGACUUCAACCAGUUAGAAGGUCCAAACCGGGUGGUGGUUCCGUUCCUGGCGUGUGGCGACCUGAGUGCGUUCGACUCGGACCGGAGCUACCCGCUGCAGCUGGAUGCCAGUAAGCAGUACCAGUACACCCCCCCCACCCAGCCACCCAUACGCCCCCCCUACCAGCAGGCCUGCCAGCUCCGCAAGACCAACCAGCUGGCCCGAGAGGACGCCCCGGCCCUCUGAGGCUCCGCCCCCUGCCCGCUCUGACCCUCUGAGGCCCCGCCCCCUGCCUGCCCUGACCCUCUGAGGCUCCGCCCCCUGCCCGCCCCAACCCUCUGAGGCCCCGCCCCCUGCCUGCCUCGGCCCUCUCAGGCUCUGCCGGCUGCCGCCACACGGUGAGGAGAGAACUGAGGAGAGUGGUGUGACGGCGGCGUGACGGCAGCAGGCAGCGGCGUGACGGCGGCGGGCGGCGUGACGGCAGUGGGCGGCGUGACGGCAGUGGGCGGCGGCAGCGUGACGGCGGCGGGUGGCGGCGUGGCGGCAGUGGGCGGCGGCGUGACGGUGGCGGGCGGCGGCGUGGCGGCAGUGGGCGGCGGCGCAGUCGCAGGGAAAUGUUGUCAGGCAGAAGAAACAGGAGGGACAGAAAUGAGACACUGUUUGGAACCUCAGCAGGUUCAGUCAAAAGAAAAGAAAAAACAAGAAAAAGGAAAGUGACCUGAAUAUUAGCCACAAUUAAACUGAGAAUUUCCUUUUUUUCUAUUUUUUUCAAGUUUUUUUUUCUUUCUUUCUGGUUCUUUCUUUCUUUCUUUCUUUCUUUCUUUCUUUCUUUUCCAGGUUCCAGCUCAUUUUCUUGUAACUUUUUCUUGGUUUCUUGCAGAUUUUCUGGUCAUUUCUUGUUGUCAUGGUUAUCUUUGCCAUGUUUUUGAAAGAAAUCAAGUGAAUUUGUUGGGGUUUCAAAGGGUCAAAUUGCCAGAUUUCAUGCUGACUUUUUAAUCAAAUGUUUUUAUUCUGUCUGUUGAACUUGAUGUGUUAUCUUCUUGGACUGAAUAAAGUUUGACCUUUCGAAUAAUAAUCA